AACGUUUGUGUGAAACGUAUUGUGAAUUGCCGUCAAUUGUGCGACAAAUGCAUUGAAAUCGCAUUCAAUUGUUUCAGUCAUUUGUUGACAAAAACUUUGUUUCCAUUCAUUCGCUAUUCGUUUGAAUGAAUCGUUUGAUUAUAUAUUCUGUGAAUUGUUAACCAAUUGUUUGUUUAUUAAUCGGUUUUUAUAUUUUUGGUGUCAUUUGGUGUUUGCCAUGAAUUCAUCAGACAUUCAGCGGAAGCGAAAGAUCGCCGAAACGGACGACAAGAGCGGGAAGAGGAGUCGCGUGGAGGCGAACGGACCCCAGAAGUCGUUACCCCAGAAGGUGUCGGACCUAUGGGUCGAUAAAUACACGCCGGAGUCGACCAAACAGGUGAUCGGACAACAGGGCGACAGGAGUUGUGUCAAUAAACUACUCAAAUGGCUGUCCAAUUGGCACAAGAAUUUGGACAAAAAGCCCGGUUUUGGCAAAUUUGCGACCGAAGACGGACAGGGCUUUCGCGCGGCUCUUCUCAGUGGUCCGCCCGGCGUCGGGAAGACUACGUCCGCACAUCUAGUGUGCAAAGAGUUGGCCUACGAUUGGGUAGAACUGAACGCUUCCGACUCGAGGAGUAAGAAGACGUUGGAAGUGGUCGUCAAAGAGUUGCUCCAAAACACGACACUCACCGACUUCUUCAACACGGCGUCCGCCAAGACGUCCGUCACCGCCAAACACGUGGUCAUUAUGGAUGAAGUGGACGGUAUGGCCGGCAAUGAGGACCGCGGAGGUGUGGCAGAGCUGAUCCAAUUGAUAAAGGGGUCAAAAGUGCCCAUAAUUUGCAUCUGCAAUGACAGGUCGCACCCGAAGAUGCGAUCUCUUGUCAACUAUUGCUUUGAUCUGCGGUUCUCUCGGCCGCGAGUCGAGCAGAUAAAGGGGCCGAUGAUGUCCAUCGCCUUCAAGGAAGGCAUUCAGAUCUCACCCAACGUUUUGCAUGAACUCAUUGUGAGCGCCAACCAAGACAUCCGACAAAUACUGCAUAACCUCUCGCUGUUGGGUACCGGCGCUAAAAAGAUUAAUAACCUGUUGUCCGAUCAGUCCAUUAAAGACGUCCGACUGAGCACUUUCGAUGCCGUCCGCAAAGUCUACUCCAGUGGCGAAGAGUACCAGAAGAUGAGUUUUGGCGACAAAUCAGAUCUGUUUUUCUGCGACUACUCUAUUAUGCCGUUAUUUAACUUUGAAAACUACCCGCUCGUCAACCCCUCGAAAGCCAGAAACGAAACCCAACGCCUGAAAUGUGCGACAAAAGCGAUCGAAGCGAUGGCUUUCGGCGAUUUGAUUGAGAAACAGAUUCGCGGAACCAAUAACUGGAGUCUACUUCCACUUCAGGCGGCGUUCGCCAGUGUUAUGCCCGGCGCUUACAUGAACGGCCACUUCGGCGGACAGAUACAGUUCCCGUCGUUUAUGGGGAAAAUGUCGACGACUAACAAAAAGAAUCGUUUACUACAAGAACUCAAAAUGCAUAUGAAUUUGAAAGUCAGUGGAAGUAAGACUGCCUUAAAUCUGGAUUAUUUGGAGCCAUUGAGAGACGCUAUAAUCGAGCCGUUGGUGGCCAAUGGACAGGGAGGUAUACCCAACACUAUUGAGACGCUCGAGAAUUAUUGUUUGCGACGCGAAGACCUCGAGUCCAUAAUCGAGUUGACCCUUUGGAACCACCAAAAGGAUCCCAUGAGUCGAGUGGACAGUAAAGUGAAGGCUGCGCUCACCCGGGCCUACAAUAAAGAGGGCUUUUGUUUGCCGUACUCUUUGGGAACCAUUACGAAGGGAAAGAAAGGCAAAAGUGCUGUCGAUUUGAAUGAUGUUGAGGGCGAAGACGGCGAUAAUGGAUCUGAUAUUGAAGACAAUGAAGAAGUGGAUGACAUAGCAAUCGACGCUAUGAUUAAGGCUAAGAAGACUAAAGCGACUAAAAAGAGUGUUGAAAAAGAGUCGAAAACUAAAGCAAAAACGAAUAAAUCAAAGAAAUCUGAAUCAGAAAAGGAAAAGAAACCGAAAAAACAAAUAAAAGUUAGACUCGAAAGUGAUUCCGAAUGCGAGCCAAUCAUUUCACCUAAAAAGGCAUCAAAAAAGGAGAUUAAAAAUGAGAAAAAGAGUGAACAGACAAACGGCACGAACGGCACAACCAAACCUCGUAGAGAAUCGCCUAAAAAGAGUCCACAAAAGGCGGCCAAAAGUGGUGAUAAAACUAAGAAAAUAGUGGCCAAAAGUCCCCCAAAGGAGUCAGAGGUGAGAAGAUCGCCGCGAAAGUCGUCUAAACCUGAAACUAAAAGUGAGUCGAAAAGUACCCCCAAAAAGGCAGCGAAAAGUCCGACAAAAUCCGAACAAACAAACGGACAAAAGAGUAAAACUAAAAGCGAACCAAAAUCCGAGACUAAGAGUGAAAGCAAACCGCGAAAAACACCCGAAACUAAGACAUCAAAAACAAAUUCUGCGUCAAAAGGGAAACAAUUAACCAUCAGUUCGUUCUUCACUAAAAAAUAAUUUAUAAUUUUUAGAAAUGUUUUAAUGUUUUUGUUAUAAAUAAUUUCAUUAAAAUAAACACAAAUUAUAC